AUGCUCGUCCCCUUCCUCCUCUUUGCCCUCCAAGUUCUCUCCCCCCUUCCCCUCGCCAACGCGGCCCCCGCGCCCGCCCCUCCACCCGCCAGCCACAACGUCACCCUCUCCGCCGCCGCCCCCUCGAUAACCUACUCCGCCGGCUGGACCGCCGCUCAGGGCGCGCGCACGAGCGUGGUGCGCGGCGCGACGGCGCAGUUUGCGUUCACCGGCACGGCGCUGUACGUCCUGGCCCCGCUCUUCCAAACAGGCAGCAACGCCGGGCUGCAGGUGACGGUCGAUGGGGGCCCGCUGGCGGUGGUCGGCCUGGCCGCUCCGGCGGGCGUGUCGCGCGAGCCGAAGGUCCUGCCGACGUCCACUGUUCAGAUAGCGCCGGCGUCCGCUUCCGUGCUGUCCUCUGCCGCCGUCGCUCCCAGUGUCAUCGUCGCCUCCUCCUCCUCCUCCAGCGGCCCGGUCGGCCCGCCCGUUCCCUCGCAGAGUCUCGCCCGCGUUCCGCGCCAGCUCGCCCUUCCGGGCCCCGCCCCGGCGGCCGCCGCGCAGAUCGUGUUCUCCGCGACGGAUUUGCAGGACGGGCCGCACACGGUGGUGUUCGCGAUGCCCGCGCGGAGCAGCGUGGUCGCGCUCGGUGGGCUCAUAUUCACGACGUCCCAGCAGGCUGAUACGAAUACUGGUGCUGGUACUAGCGGCGUCAAUCUAGGCGCUGCAGCUGCAACGGCGCCGAGUCUGACGCCGUCCGACGAUGCGCCCGAGUCCACCACCCCCGACUCCGCGGCGAACGAUGCCACACCAUUUGCUGUCCCCGGACCCAGCACGAGCUCCGAGUCCGCCCCGGCGCCCUCCGAGCUCCAGACCUCCUUCGCGAGCGUCCCCCGCCCCUUCCCGUCCGGCCCCGUCAACGCGUACCACGACGUGCCCGUCGGCGCCGUCGGGCCCGACCCGGUCCCCGCGCCGGGCGAGACCGCCGCCGUCGUCCCCCCGCAGACACACACGCUCGCGGCGAGCACGCGGCAGGCCGCGCUCGUCGGCGGCGUCCUCGGCGUGCUCGUCCUCGCGGGGCUGCUCACCGCCCUGGGGCUGUGUCUCCGCAAGACGCGCCGGCGCGCGCGCGUGUUUGCACCGCCCGCGCAUGGUGGCGCGACGUAUGAGUUCGACUAUAACCGCCAGCGGGGGUACUCCGCGGAGCAGCAGCAGCCGCGGUACGCACCGCCGUCCGCGUCGAGCGCAGCGCUCGUGUCCCGGCCCCCCGUCGCGCAGGCGGGCCCGGUCGUCCGGCUCGCCGCGCCGCCCCCGGCCCGGCGCAGCCAGCCGCGCGAGCGUGUGGUUGCCCCGCGGUCCCCGCUCGGCGCCGCGCCCCGGCUCGUCCCACAGCCGGCGCCGGAGAUGCGCGAGAUCGCGUACGGCUUCCCGGCACCCCCGGGGUCUGCCAAUGCCAAUACGCUGCUGGUCCCGCCCACGCCGGGUAAAGGCCUCCCGCCGCGCACGCCCGCGCCGACGACGCCGCUCCCGCUGACGCCUGCGCCGGUCCCGCCGACGCCCGCGACGCCGUGGUCCCCCGCUGCGUCGGACGCGCCGACGCCGUCGACGGCCGCGUCCUUCGCGGUGCCGCUGGUGGACCCCGCGCUCGGGUACGGCUGGACCGUCGGGCCGGCCCCCGCCCCCGCGCAGAUGCAGAUGCAGAUGCAGAUGCCGUCGCUCGUCGGCGUGCACCCGUUCUCCGCCGGCACCCCCACCGGGGCCGGGACAGGUCCGGGGCGGACGACGCUGUACGCGCCCGCGCUGUCGGAGAAGGCCGCGCUCGCGGCGCUGGACCGCGCGCGCGACGAGGCUGCUGCUGCUGCUGGGGGCGCGGACGGCGCGCCGGCGUACCGCGAGAAGGACGCCGCGCAGCUGUUUGAUAGUGGUACCCGGGCGCGCGCGAGCACGAGUGCGAGUCUCCCGGUGUACGAGCCGUGA